CUAUGAUCACCCCGAUUCAUACUCUCUGAUGCGUUCUCACUGAGAAAAUGCAUCGUCUCAAUUUAUACGCACUGUGCGCAUUGGCAUUCCAUUGCCUUGCCGUUUUCGCCAGCCAGGCCGCGGAACACGAUACAUCGGUCCUGGCGAAAGAAGCCGCCAGGGCGAACAACCAGUCGCUACUAUGGGGUCCCUACAAACCGAAUCUGUAUUUUGGGGUGCGGCCUCGGAUCGCGAAUAGUUUGUUUGCGGGGUUGAUGUGGGCGAAUGUGGAUGAUUAUGGCACGGCGCAACAGAACUUUAGACACACCUGCGAACAGGACGAAGGCAUGGCCGGAUACGGCUGGGACGAGUACGACAUCCGCAAAGGCGGCCGGCAGACGAUCCACGAUGCGGGCAACUCGGUGGAUAUGACGAUUGACUUCGUCAAGGUCCCUGGCGGACAGCAUGGAGGCAGCUGGGCUGCUCGUGUCAAGGGCGUGCCCCGCGACGAUGCGCCCCCGGACCAGUCUACCUCUGUUAUCUUCUAUGCUGCGCUGGAGGGGCUGGGUGACCUGGGGGUGGAAACCGAGGUGGACCCUCGUGGCUUUGAGGAUAAUGUCAAGCUUGCGGGCUCGACGUUGGACCUUGGUGACUUUGCGAUUGAUGUUACUGCGGGACCUGCGAGUAACGAGCACCCUGAGCAUACGCAUCCGACUUGGGAGGAUAAGCCGUUGGAUCGGACUUUCGUGUCUAGUGCCACUAUGCCGCCGGAGCAUCUUUGGCAGACGAAGGUGAUUAUGUUUGCGCAGAUGAAAAACGAGAUCAACCAGUGCAUCGAAAAAUACGGAGCAGACGAUCCUCCCCCGGCUCCUCAGGUCUUCACUAUUCCUCACCAUCCUGGAGACGGAAACAUUCAUCUUGUGCAGAAGGUUUUCAAGGGCGCGUUCGAGUUUGAUAUCCUAUUCUCCUCCGGGUCUGCCCCCAAACCCCUGACAUCCGAGUCUAUCACCGAUGAGAUUGCAAGCGCCUCGCUCUCGUUCAGCGACCGUUUUGAAAAGGUCUUUUCGCCGCAGUCGCCGUUUGAUUCUGCGGAAUACUCGCAGUUUUCCAAGUCCAUGCUGUCGAACCUUGUUGGCGGCAUUGGGUUCUUCCACGGGACCGAUGUUGUUGACCGUUCCGCAGCACCGGAGUAUGACGAGGAGAACGAAGGUUUCUGGGAGGAAACGGAGGAGGCCAGAGCUCGAGCUCGGCCUAUUUUCGAGGGGCCUAAGGAUCUCUUCACCAGCGUUCCCUCUCGCCCGUUCUUUCCAAGAGGGUUCCUUUGGGAUGAAGGGUUCCAUUUGAUUCCAGUGGUCGACUACGACACAAGCCUUGCGCUUGAGAUCGUGAAGAGCUGGAUCAACUUGAUGGAUGAAGAUGGCUGGAUUGCUCGCGAGCAGAUCCUAGGCGCCGAAGCCCGCAGCAAAGUUCCCCCUGAGUUUACGGUCCAGUACCCUCACUACGCCAACCCCCCGACCCUGUUUAUCAUCCUUGAGGCCUUCAUCGACAAGUUGGAUGCCAAGAAAAACAUCUCAACGGAAGAUCUCGGCGGAGAUGUCCUGGACAGUCUCCGCUCUGGUUAUGUGCAAGAAAAGGAGCUGGGCGAGGCUUACAUCCGCUCGAUCUACCCACUGCUGAAGCGACACUACUUCUGGUACAGAAAGACCCAGUACGGCGACGUCAAGUCCUACGACCGCGAAGCAUUCUCCACCAGAGAAGCAUACCGCUGGCGGGGCCGUUCAAUCCAGCACAUCCUGACAUCCGGCAUUGACGAUUAUCCUCGCGCACAGCCACCGCACCCUGGCGAGCUGCACGUGGAUCUCAUCAGCUGGAUGGGAAUGAUGACGCGCGCCCUGCGCCGUAUCGCCGAGGCCGUUGGGGAAACGGAAGAUGUCGAGGAGUUCAAGGUUUAUGAAACGGCCAUCGAGCGGAACAUCGACGACCUCCACUGGGACGACCAAGCGCAGACGUACUGCGAUGCUACCAUCGAUGAGUUCGAGGAAAGCGUGCACAUCUGCCACAAGGGGUACAUUUCGCUUAUGCCCUUCCUGACGGGCAUGCUUGGUCCCGAGAGCCCCAGGCUCAAGGCCAUCCUGGAUCUGAUCGCCGACCCGGAGGAACUCUGGAGCGAUUAUGGGAUCCGCAGUUUGAGUCAGAAGGACGAGUUUUAUGGUACUGCGGAGAAUUACUGGAGGAGCCCUGUUUGGGUUAACAUCAACUACCUUGUGCUAAAGAGUCUUUACGAUCUCGCACUCCAGGAGGGACCUCAUCAGGAGCAAGCCCGCGAGAUGUACUCCGAACUCCGGACAAACCUGGUGGAGAACGUGUUCAGGAACUGGAAAGAGACCGGGUUCGCAUGGGAGCAGUACAACCCCGACACAGGCAAAGGGCAGCGAACCCAGCACUUCACCGGUUGGACCAGCAUGGUGGUGAAGAUAAUGUCGAUGCCCGAUCUUCCCGCCGGUGGGAACAAGGGGCAUGACGAGCUGUAGGAAUACGCAGAUAUGGCUAUGUAGGACAAGAUAAUAGUAGUAAGUUAGAGAAUGCGAC